CGUCUCCCCGCAUUCUGUUAUGGGGUGCUACUAUAAAAGGGGGCCAUGUGGGUGUUUGAUCAGCUCCUACAUAGGACCACCCUACGCGCAGUGCCCAGUAUCUAGUGUCCACUGCUGUGGCUGGCCGACACGAUGAAUCCUAAUUAUGACAAUGAGCGCAACGAACUGGAGCACGAGCUCCAUACCGAGAUCAUCCCCGGGACAGAGAUCAUGACGGAUGUUGGGUCACAUCAUUUCGUGAAAUCAUCGUCUCAUCCAGACCGAGUACUCGUGCCGCAACCAUCGAAUGACCCUCAUGAUCCACUUAAUUGGUCAAAGAUGAGGAAGCUCGUCGUGAUGGCCAGCGUCACCACCGUGACCUUCAGCCAGGGCUUCGGACCGCUAGCCCUAGCUCCCAUGUUCCCUCAGCUGAUGGAAGCUUUCGAUGCCGGCCUCGCCGACGUCGUCAAAUUCACUGGUGUUUGUAUUUUAGUAUUGGGCUUCAGUAACUUCUUCUGGAUCCCAAUCCAAACCACCUUCGGCCGACGACCAGUCCUAAUCUUCUCCACACUCGUCUGCGUCGUCAGCAACAUCUGGCGCGCCACAGCCAAAGACUACGGGAGUUACAUGGGCGCCUGCGUCUUGAAUGGCUUCGGCGCUGGACCGGCAGAGACAUCCCAGCCGGAGAUCAUCGCGGAUAUCCUCUUCCUCCACGAGCGAGGCGCAUACAACACCUUGUAUUUCACCUUCUAUUUCGGCUCUCUCAUGGUCGGACCCAUCAUCUCCGGUCCAAUGGCACAGCGCGUCGGCUGGCGGAAUUUCUUCUGGUUGAACGUCGGUCUCCUGGGACUUGCUUUGCUGCUGGUGGUAUUCUGUUUCCCGGAGACGAAAUGGAACCGUCUCCCACCUAUUGACGGCAGAGAAGAUACAGCUCAAAGUACCGAUAUGAAGCCCGAUCCCGAGAAGCCGGGUGAAAGUACAUUCCACGAGAAUGUUACUGGCGAGAGCGACAACACAACUCCCGUUUCGCUUGUAGGGAAAGGAACCCCGUCGAAGCAACAGUUCAAGCUGUGGCAACCACCAAGCAAUGGGUUCAAGACUCUUUUGACCAGCUUCUGGAUCCCGUGGAAAUUGCAUAUAUUCCCUAUUGUUGAGCUCGCAGCAUUCAAUGUCUCAUGGUCUGCCAGUGUCUUCCUAACCCUGAACCUGACACAGAGCCAGGCGUUCGCUGCACCACCGUACAACUUCUCCAGCGAGACGAUCGGGUUCUUCAAUAUUGCUAUCCUAAUAGGGGCCAUAAUUGGGCUGUUAACGAACGGUCCGUUAUCAGACUGGAUCUCCAUGCGAGCGACGAUUAAAAAUGGGGGUAUCCGUGAACCUGAGAUGAGGCUUCCAGCUGUGAUUCCCUACCUGAUUAUCAGUAUAAUCGGAAACUUCAUCGUCGCGUUCGGAUAUCAAUAUAAAUGGGACUGGCGGGCAAUUGUUAUAAUCGGGUACACAGCCGCCGGAAUCCAAGUCGCCGCCCUGCCAGCAAUCAUUAGCACAUACGCCGUCGACAGCUACAAACCAGCAGCGGGAUCGAUAUUCGUAACAAUCACCGUGAACAAGAACCUGUGGGGGUAUGGGUUCAGUGAGUUCAUCACGACCUGGAUUGAGAAGGAUGGCUUUGUGAAACCGAUUAUGCUGAAUAUGUGUCUUGCUGUGCUUUGGUGUCUUUGUUGCAUUCCAUUUUAUGUUUAUGGGAAGAGGCUGAGGAGGUUGACGGCUAAGUCCAAGGUGCAUUCUAUGUAGAUUGGGUUUACUUGGUGGCUGGGAGAUAAUAUCGAUAGUAUAAUAGGCGUUUCAUGUACUAAUAUAUCUUUGUUCGUAACUGUGUUGUUGGGCUCAAGACGCUGCUACACUUGCCAAGGACCGGGCGAAGUCGAGGAGCAGUACGGACCGUGUCAAAUCUACAAGGCCGAAUCCCAGUCUUCAGGCCGAGCUCAGAGAUCUACGAAUGGCAUCAGAAGCAGGGACUCGAGCGCUGCAGCGCAAAAUAAACUAGACUGCCAGGGGGCGGGCUAAUGCCAG